AUGGCUUUACACGUUCCAAAAGCUCCGGGUUUUGCUCAAAUGUUAAAGGAUGGUGCUACGCAUCUUUCCGGUCUUGAAGAAGCAGUGUACCGAAACAUUACCGCCUGUAAACAAUUCUCUGACACCGUUAAAACCGCAUACGGCCCAAAUGGCAUGAACAAAAUAGUCAUAAAUCACAUUGACAAGAUUUUCAUCACCAACGAUGCUGCCACAAUUGUUAAGGAGCUUGAUAUUGAACACCCAGCUGCUAAAAUCAUUGUAUUUGCGUCUGAGAUGCAAGAGCAAGAAGUAGGUGAUGGAACCAACUUUGUUAUCAUUUUUGCUGGGGCAUUGUUAGAACAAGCCGAACACUUAUUGAAAAUGGGAUUAACUCCAGUUGAAGUGUGUGAAGGUUUCCAACUAGCUCUUGAAAAGACUCUUGAGUUACUGCCUACCUUGACUUGUCAUGAAAUUAAAGACAUCAAGAAUAACGCUGAACAAUUAGUAAUAACACAAGCUGUAAAAUCAUCCAUUAUGAGCAAGCAAUAUGGCCAGGAACAGUUUGUCACAGAUCUUGUGUUAAAAGCUUGCACUUCUAUUCUUCCAGAGAAGACAACAUUCAAUGUUGACAAUGUUAGAGUGUGCAAAAUUUUGGGAUCAAAUUUAUACAAUUCUACUGUUGUUAACGGUAUGGUAUUCAAACGUACAAAUGAAGGUGAUAUUACUAAACAGACUGAUGCUAAGAUUGCUGUGUAUACAUGUCCCAUUGACAUUACCACAACUGAAACAAAAGGAACAGUUUUAAUCAAAUCUGCAGAAGAAUUGCAAAACUUCAGCCGUGGUGAAGAAAUGGUGCUCGAAGAACAAAUUAAAGCAAUUGCUGAUGCAGGUGUCACUGUGAUUGUUGCUGGUGGUAAAUUUGGUGACAUGGCCUUACAUUAUUUAAACAAGUACAAAAUUAUGGGUGUUCGAUUAAUGAGCAAAUUUGACUUGAGACGAUUGUGUAAAUCCAUUUCAGCUACUGCUUUACCUAGACUUACCCCUCCAAACAAAGAAGAACUUGGUUAUGCUGACUGUGUAUAUGUAGAUGAACUUGGAGACACUUCAUUAGUAGUAUUCCGUUUGGAUGGUAAAGACUCUCGCAUGUCAACAAUUGUAGUACGUGGUGCCACUGAUAACUACAUGGAUGAUAUAGAAAGAGCAAUUGAUGAUGGUGUAAAUACAUUCAAAGGCAUUUCCAGAGAUGGAAAAUUAUUACCUGGUGCUGGAGCCAUAGAAAUGGAACUUGCCUACCAAGUAGGCUUAUAUGCCGACACACUGCCCGGAUUAGAACAAUAUGGUGCCAAAAGGUUUGCAGUUGCUCUUGAAGGUUUCGUUAAAAUUUUAGCAGACAAUACUGGUGUGAAAUCUAAUGAAACUCUUGCUGAACUUUAUUCCCAACAUAGCAAGGGAAAUAAAAAUGCUGGUUUUAACAUUGAACCUAAAGGAUCGUCAUUAAUAGAUGUCACCAAAUCUGGUAUUGUUGAUUCUUACUUAUCCAAGUUUUGGGGCUUGCAGUAUGCCACACAAGCUGCAUGCACAAUACUGAAAGUUGAUCAGAUCAUAAUGGCCAAACGAGCUGGCGGUCCAAAAGCACCUGGUGGACGUGCACCUGAUAAUGAUGAUGACGCGUAA